CGGCCUUCGUGAGGGGGACGGCCUCCCGCAAGAUGUCGAUGUCCAAGGUGAAGCAGGACAUGCCCCCUCCGGGGGGGUACGGACCCAUCGAUUACAAGAGGAACCUGCCCCGACGCGGGAUUUCCGGAUAUAGCAUGUUUGCCAUUGGAAUUGGCACUUUGUUGAUUGGUUUUUGGGGCAUGACGAAGUGGAACAGAGAGCGAAGGCGUUUGCUGAUUGAAGACUUGGAAGCCAGAAUUGCCCUGAUGCCCCUCCUGCAGGCAGAGAGUGACCGAAGGACUCUACGCAUGUUACGGGAGAAUCUGGAGGAGGAAGCCAUCCUUAUGAAAGAUGUUCCUGGCUGGAAGGUCGGGGAAUCCGUCUUCAACACCACCCGCUGGGUGACCCCGACCACCGGCGAGCUGUACAGCCUGCGCACGAAGGAAGAAAGACUUAACGCGCACCAAGGCUUUGUGUGGUACACAUAGGUGCUCAGCGUGGCGGUCAUCUCUUGUUUCCUAAGCCAGUAAUAUUAAAAGGCUCCUCUAGAAACCAAAA